GUGAAUCAGUGAGGAGAAAGAAACCCAUUUUAGUUCGUAAGAUGAGUUCAUCAAAAACCCUAAUCAAAACCCUGAUCAAGAAUCCCACUCGCAUCAGAUCUAAAUACCAAGCCAAGCAGCUUCACGCACAGUUUCUCAGGACCCAAUCUCUCUCUCACACAUCUGCUUCCAUUGUGAUCUCCAUCUACACCAACCUUAAGCUCUUGCACGAAGCGUUGCUUCUUUUCCACACGCUCGAGUCUCCACCUGUUCUCGCAUGGAAGUCAGUCAUCAGAUGCUUCACCGACCAGUCGCUCUUCUCUCGCGCAUUGGCUUCGUUCGUCGAAAUGCGAGCUUCUGGGAGAUGCCCAGAUCACAACGUUUUCCCUUCUGUCCUGAAAUCGUGUACGAUGAUGACGGAUUUGAGAUUGGGUGAGUCUGUCCAUGGCUGUAUUCUUAGACUUGGCAUGGAUUGCGAUUUGUAUACUUGCAAUGCGCUCAUGAAUAUGUACGCUAAGCUUCUGGGUAUGAGUUCGAAGAUUAGUGUAGGUAAAGUGUUCGACGAAAUGCCACAAAGAAACUCCAUUUCUGAAGACGUUGGUGAUAAUGGAAAAAGUUCAAAUUUUCAGAGCUGUAGCGAAGAUUUAGAGGUUGAAACUUGCGUUAAUGGAUCUUCAGUGAAUGCUCCAAGUUCUUUGCCUUCAGGAAUAGAUAGUGUGAGGAAAGUUUUUGAAUUGAUGCCUAGAAAAGAUGUAGUGUCCUGGAACACUAUCAUUGCAGGGUAUGCACAAAGUGGAAUGUAUGAAAACGCUUUGAGAUUGGUUAGGGAGAUGGGAAGUAAUGACUUAAGCCCUGAUGCUUUCACCUUGUCCAGUGUUCUUCCGAUAUUUUCAGAGUAUGUGGAUGUUAUCAAGGGAAAAGAGAUUCAUGGGUAUGUGAUUAGGAAAGGCAUUGAUGCUGAUGUAUAUAUCGGGAGUAGCUUGGUUGAUAUGUAUGCAAAAAGUGCUCGGAUUGAAGACUCGGAAAGAGUGUUUUCUCAUCUGUCUUGUCGGGAUAGUAUCUCGUGGAACUCGCUUGUAGCCGGGUAUGUACAGAACGGUAGGUAUAACGAGGCUGUGAGAUUAUUCAGGCAAAUGGUAAACGCAAAGGUUAGGCCAGGACCUGUGGCGUUCUCGAGUGUUUUGCCUGCUUGUGCUCACUUAUCCACCUUGACCCUGGGGAAGCAACUUCACGGAUAUGUGUUAAGGGGUGGCUAUAGCGAUAACAUAUUUAUAGCUAGUGCACUUGUGGAUAUGUACUCGAAAUGCGGAAAUAUUAAGGCUGCUCGGAAGAUUUUCGACAGGAUGAAUUUGCACGACGAAGUAUCAUGGACAGCUAUCAUAAUGGGGCAUGCGUUACAUGGUCAUGGGCGUGAAGCGAUUUCUUUGUUUGAAGAGAUGAAACUGCAAGGAGUGAAACCGAAUCAUGUGGCGUUUGUUGCUGUACUAACUGCUUGUAGUCACGUUGGGUUGGUAGAGGAGGCGUGGGGAUAUUUCAAUAGCAUGAGUAAGGUUUAUGGUUUGAACCAUGAGUUAGAACAUUACGCAGCUGUAGCUGAUCUUCUAGGUCGUGCAGGGAGACUGGAAGAAGCAUACGAUUUCAUAUCAAACAUGCGUGUUGAACCUACGGGUAGCGUCUGGUCUACAUUAUUGUCUUCUUGCAGUGUUCACAAGAAUCUUGAGCUAGCCGAGAAGGUUGCAGAGAAGAUAUUCGCUGUUGAUUCUGAUAACAUGGGAGCUUAUGUUCUGAUGUGCAAUAUGUAUGCUUCUAAUGGGAGAUGGAAACAGAUGGCGAAGCUGAGAUUGAGAAUGAGGAGAAAAGGAAUGCGAAAGAAGCCAGCUUGUAGCUGGAUCGAAUUCAAUAACAAGACUCAUGGGUUUGUUUCAGGAGAUAGAUCGCAUCCGAGUAUGGACAGGAUCAAUGAGUUUCUUGAAGCUGUAAUGGAGCAGAUGGAGAAAGAAGGGUAUGUUGCAGACACAAGCGGGGUGCUUCACGAUGUAGACGAGGAGCAUAAAAGAGAGCUUUUGUAUGGACACAGCGAGAGAUUGGCUGUUGCUUUUGGUAUCAUCAACACAGAGCCUGGCACGACGAUUAGGGUCACUAAGAACAUAAGAAUAUGCACGGAUUGUCAUGUGGCGAUCAAGUUUAUUUCGAAGAUCACGGAAAGAGAGAUUAUCGUUAGGGAUAAUAGCAGAUUCCACCAUUUCAACCGUGGAAGCUGUUCUUGUGGAGACUAUUGGUAAUGGAAAGUGUAAAAGUUUUUGACUUGGUUUGUUCAAAGCCAGAAGACGUCGCAUAGGGGACCUGUUUCAUUACACUGAUUCUAGUGUUAGACAAGGAAAUGUGAA